AUGGCCUCUUCCAAGUACUUGAUCAUAGCUUUCAUGGUUACUUUGAUGUUUUCAGCCAUCGAUACUGGUCGAGCUGCUCGUCAUCUCUUGCAAACUGCUCCACCGAACGUGCCAAGGUUGCCCUCAUUGCCUCCUCUCCCACCGUUGCCAACGAUGCCGAACCCGACAACAGGGCCAGGAAUCCCUUCUAUCCCAAGCCUCCCACAACCAACAUUGCCAACAUUGCCAACUACUCAACCAUCCCUCCCUAAGUUACCUCCACUUCCAAGCUUCCCUCGUAACAUCCCGACUGGAAUGGCGCUGCCUCCACUCCCGACAACUUUGCUUCCGAACCUACCAUCGAUCCCUUCCCUCACUCCACCGCCGACCACCACCUCUUCACCUUGA